AUGUCGUCGAAGUCCGUCCCCACCGUCCAGCUUCACAACGGCAAGAGCUUCCCGCUCAUUGGCUUCGGGACUUGGCAGAGCGCGCCAGGGGAAGUGGGCAACGCCGUCUCCGUCGCCCUCAAGGCCGGCUACCGCCACCUUGACCUUGCCAAGGUCUACCAGAACCAGAAGGAGAUUGCUCCCGCAAUUGCCAACUCGGGCGUCCCCCGCGAGGAGAUGUUCAUCACCUCCAAGCUCUGGAACUCGCAGCACCGUCCCGACCUUGUCGAGCCUGCUCUCGACGACACCCUCAAGGAGCUCGGCCUCUCGUACCUCGACCUCUACCUGAUCCACUGGCCCGUCGCUUUCCCCGCCGAGGGCGACCCUCACCAGAACCUCUUCCCCAAGGCAAACGACAACGAGGUCAAGAUUGACGACUCGGUCAGCCUCGUCGACACCUGGAAGGCGAUGAUCAAGCUUCUUGACACCGGCAAGGUCAAGUCGAUCGGUGUCUCAAACUUCUCGCCUGAGAUGGUCGACGCUAUCACCGAGGCGACCGGCGUCAAGCCCGUUGUCAACCAGAUCGAGCGCCACCCUCACCUCCUCCAGCGCGAGCUGAUCGAGCACCACAAGAAGGCGAACAUCGUCAUCACCGCCUACUCCGGUUUCGGCAACAACUCCGAAGGCGUCCCCUUGCUCGUCCAGCACCCGAUCGUCAAGAAGAUCGCGGAGAAGCACGGUGCAGACGGCGGACAGGUUUUGAUCGCUUGGGGCAUGCACGGAGGACACGCGAUCAUCCCCAAGUCGGUUACGGACUCGCGCAUCCAGUCCAACUUCAAGAUCAUCCAGAUUUCGGACGAGGACGUCAAGGAGAUUGACUCCAUCGGCGAGAAAGAACCGCGCCGUUUUAAUACCCCGAUUCGGUACACUCCGCUGUGGCCGGUGAACUGCUUUAAUGAAGAAUCUGAGCGUUCGGCGAAGUACCAGGUCAAGAUCAAGUAA